AUGUACCAAGGCAAGGGCGGGCAGUACGGAGCGGGAGGCUGGUAUGGCUGGCAGCAUCAGAACUUUGAGGAGCAACAAUGGUGCGCGUGGAACGGAGCGCCGGGCGGAGAGUGGCCGUCGGAGCCUCAUCAUUUCCCGAAGCGGGAGCCGGGAGAAAGAGAGAUUGGAGAAAUGCCUUCACCGGCACGGGGAGAUUUGGCAAGCCCUGGAGAAGGUUCGCCAGGUUCAAGACCCUCACAACCAGCACACCCGCCGGCACCGCCGCGAUCGCCUUACGAGUGGAUGAAGAAGCCUAACUACCAGACACAACCUAAUCCAGGUAAAACUCGGACAAAGGACAAAUACCGGGUGGUGUACAGUGAUCAUCAGCGACUAGAGUUAGAAAAAGAGUUCCAUUACAGCCGAUACAUCACCAUCCGGCGCAAAGCCGAGCUGGCGGCAAGUCUUGGUUUAUCUGAGCGACAGGUAAAAAUAUGGUUCCAAAAUCGACGCGCUAAAGAACGUAAACAGGUAAAGAAGCGUGAAGAGGUCGUGAUGAAGGAUAAGGGAGACCAUACUUCACUGCAACACGCGCAAUUACAUCACGCCACUAUGCUUCACCACCAGCAAAUGAUGAACGGCAUGAUGCAUCACCACCAUUACCACCAAGGCGUAUUACAGGGCGUGCCAGAGCCGCUGGUACCCGGUGUGCCCCCGGUACCACUGCUGUGA